AUGCGUCGAUGUCGACGGCGUAGCCCUCGAAUGCGCGAUCCAGGACCGUCGCCCGCGGCUGUCAAAGCGGCGGAUCGCGCCGAAAAAGCCCACCGGAAAGCUAUCAACGCCAGGGCGACCAAGCUCAUCAAGGUGGUCGAAUCCCUCCCCAGCGGAGUCGUCAAGUCGGUGCGGCUCGUUCCUCGCCCCGGGGGCGCAUCGCCGUGCAUGGUCUACCUUCUGACGGAGGUGACGAACAGUCUGGAGCGGCUGGAGAUCGAGGCUCCGCAGCGGCUCGUUCACCAGCCAGAUCUCCGCGGGUGGGAGUCGGAUUCGCUCGACUGCCAUCUCGUCUAUAGUGGUGUCGCCUUUUUCUCGCUCACCCAACUCCGGAUCGGUCGGUCGGCCAUCAGGUUCCUCGAAAUCAUCCACGUGCUCCUAGACCGCGCCCCUUAUCUCGAGCAGCUCGAUAUCUGCCUUGACGAGAAAGGGUUCUCGAGGUGGCAUAAUCAUGAUGCUCUGGAUCUACCAGAUUCACUGGGUUUCUGGUCUGUAGAGCAUCUCUGCAUCUCGGCGCCACCUCGUGACCCGCGGGAGGGUACGAUGCUCUGCGGACCCAAGCUGUAUUUCGUCGAUGUGAUCGAAUGCCUCCCUGGCAUACGGCGCCUUUCGAUCUCCUUCACAUACGCUAUCGAUGAGGCGACAUGCAAUGAUCCCGACGACACGAUGGUUCGGGACGAGGGACGAGGACCUUGA